UGAGACAGAACCUGCAAUAUCUCCCAUGUAUGCCUGUAUCAAAGACACUGCUUAUAGAAAACUAUAUUGCAGUUUCUAACUAUAAAUUAAUAAGAUCAAGCACUUAAUAAUGCCGUUCUUAAUCACAAUUACAUUUAAUUGGGUCGGGGGAAUGCAUGUCAUUGCAGUUGAUACCGUCAAGAAUCUCUUUAACUUGUACCUCAAAAAACCAGAAUGGAACUAUCGAUGUCCCCACUUCAGAUAUAUGUAGAAAAAACUCUGGCCAUUAUCAAACCAGAUAUUGUUGACAAAGAGGAGGAGAUACAAGAUAUUAUUAUCAGAUCUGGAUUCACCAUUGUUCAGAGAAGAAAACUACAGCUUAGCCCUGAGCAUUGUAGUAACUUUUAUGUGGAACAGUAUGGAAAAAUGUUUUUCCCCAACUUAACAGCUUAUAUGAGUUCUGGACCACUUGUUGCCAUGAUAUUAGCUAGACAUAAAGCCAUCUCUUACUGGAAAGAACUUUUGGGGCCAAGCAAUAGCUUAGUAGCUAAGGAGACACACCCAGACAGUCUAAGGGCAAUUUAUGGCACAGAUGACCUAAGGAAUGCACUUCAUGGGAGUUAUGAUUUUGCUGCAGCUGAAAGAGAAAUUCGAUUCAUGUUUCCUGAAGUGAUUGUUGAGCCUAUUCCAGUGGGACAAGCUGCUAAGGACUAUUUAAAUUUAUAUGUAACACCAACUCUGCUUAAAGGACUCACAGAGCUUUGUAAGCAAAAACCAGCAGAUCCUUGUAUUUGGCUAGCUGAUUGGCUGUUGAAAAAUAAUCCCAACAAACCUAAAGUUUGUCACCAUCCAAUUGUAGAAGAACCUUAUUAAAAUAAAGUCCUCCAAA